AAAUAACAACUCUGUUCAAUACACCUAAAAAAUUAUUGUUUUCGCGAGAGCAAGCAGAGGAAAAAUUAGCAAAUCAAUUAAAUAUAAAUAAACAAUUAAAACAUAAAUAAAAACCCCAAAAAAAUGGAUUUAAUAUAAAGAAAAUACUCAAAUAAUAGUAUUAAAUUAAGUUAUUAAGGUAUAAUUAAGUAAAGAAAAAUGGAAAUACCAAUACAAGUUGCUGUGCGUAUAUGCCCCAAGGGUUUGCAAAAACAACAAGCUGCAACAAAUUUAGAAACAUUGGAUUAUACGCAAAAGGACGAUAGACAAGAUGAUAAUGGUAAUAUUAAGGGCACUGACAAUGAGGAUGAAGAUGAAAAGGAUAGCAAGUGUUGUAUACAAACUAUACCAUUGGCAGCUACCCAGCCGGGUUAUAUGGCCAAUAAUGGUAUGACAACUGGGGUUGGUAUGUUGGAUAAUGGUGUUGGUAUAGCGGCUGGUCUCAUACAAGUGGGUCCCCACUCAUUUCCCGUAACACAUGCUCUACCUCUGAAUUGUGCUCAAAAUCAAGUGUAUCAUCAAACAGUAUUUCCUUUGAUUAGUUUAUUUAUGGAAGGCUUUGAUGCCUCAGUGGUUUCUUAUGGCCAGAAGGGUUGUGGCAAGACGUAUACUUUGUAUGGCUAUGGUUUUGAUUGCUCCUAUGGUGAAGCUGAUCAGGGUGUAGUGCAACGUUGUGUUAGAGAGAUUUUCACGCACAUGACCAACCAUCCAGAACGCACUUAUGCCGUCAAUAUUGGUUGGGUGGAGAUAUGUGGUGAAGUUAUACGUGAUCUAUUGGGUGUGGGCAAUGUACAUUGCAUGAAUUUCGCAGAUGUUUUCCAUUGGCUGCAGGUGGGUUUGCAAUCGCUGGCUAAUUCAAAAAUGGAAAUGGCUCAUACUCUGUUUACUUUAACGCUGGAACAACAAUGGGUUUCCAAAGAAGGCCUUAUACAACAUCGCCUGUCGACCGCUUCAUUUAGCGACCUUUGUGCCACCGAACGUUUGUUUAUGUUGAACUCUCUUGAUCAACCUUCUAGUUUACCCAAAGAUUUGGGUUUACAAUCGCUGGAGCAUGUGGUCAAUACUUUAACUGAUCCUGCUAUUAUGUAUAAUGCCAAUGGCAAUAUACCUUAUAAUCAGACGACUCUUACUACCCUGCUAAAAGAUUCUUUUGGUGGUCGUGCUCAAACUCUGGUCAUAUUGUGUGUUUCUCCCUUGGAACGUGAUAUCAAUGAGACUCUGUGCAAUCUACAGUUUGCGUUUAAAGUGCAAUGUGUAAGAAAUUAUGUGGUAAUGAAUACAUUUUCCGAUGACAACACCCCCUUGUCGCCUGAAGGUAUUUUGCCGGAAUUGGGUGGCGGUGGAGUUACUACGGCUGGUCUAUCACCGCCAGUGCCUGAUACACAUUUUGGUUUGCAGUUUGCGGCUAGUCAAUGGUUUAAAUUGGUCUCCAAUGCCGAGGGUUUGUUUUCAAAACUCAUUUCUUCCAAUGCCAUAAACGAGGCCGAAAAAGAACAAAUCGAGGAAUGGCUGUUUCUCAAACAAGAGUGCGAAGAGUGUCUGAGCUCCAAUGAGGCUAUACGCAGUCAAAAACAAUUGGGUCCCAUACAAGAAGCCGAAGAACCCGAAGAAACCAACAGUGAGCCAGAAACGUCAUGUCAACAAAAUUCCGACAAUGAAUCAGACUCAGAAUCUCAAAGACCCGAUUUGGAGGAAAAAAUUGAAUUACUCAUGGAAGAUCUAACCAUAAAAACCGAUAAUCUGGUCAAUACUAAGUAUCAAGAGUUUAUGGAGAAUCAUCCAAAAGCGGUAAUGGAAUCGCAAGAAAGUUUCCAGCAAAAUAAAAAAGAUCGCAAAGAGGAGGACAAGGAGUUGGAGGAAAGAAGACAAUCUGUGGGUACGGGGGGACGUAGAAGAUCCAUACAACCUGGCGCCACACUCUCAAGUGCUGAAAUAGCUAUGCUAAACAGAGUGGCAGGCGUUAAGCAGCAAAAUCAGCAACAAUUGCAAACACAAAACGAAGACUUCCUAGACUCAUCCACGGACAUAACCAAUAACCUGAGACAAAAUAUCAACACACCCAUGGACAUGAUACAAAAGAAACUACGCAAAUUGGACACAGAUAUAGAAGCACGCCUUAGACAAAUCAAGGAAGUGGAGGAAACCAUGCAAUUGAAACAAAACAUCAUAACAGAACUCAUAAAGAACAGUGACACGCGCACUACAGCCAAACAGAGAUUCCACAAGAAAAGAGCCAAAUUAGAGGCGGAAUAUGAAAAGACCAAGAAAUCAUUAGCCAAGGCAAUGCUGCAGCAUAAAGACAAACAGGAAUUGGAUCGCCUUAAAGCUAUUAUAACACACCUCGAGCAAAGACUCAAUGACUUGACCUCCAUUAAACAUAUAGCGGGCGAAAGUGGCCAGAAAGUCAAGAAACUUCAACAAUCCCUACAUGAAUCCAAAAAGCUCAUAGAUGAUUUACAAAAGAAAAUCAAAAAGGAACGCAAACUCAAGGAGGCCUUAGAGAAUGAAUUGAAAGCUUUAAAAGAAAAAGAAAACUCCAAGGCUUUGGUUAAAAUAGAACAUCAGCCGUUGGCGGAGGAAAAAGGCAAACAUUUGAAAGAAGUGCAGGCUCGUAUCUCCCAUUUGGAUCAUGUUCUAAAAGAGAAAUCCGAUAAUUUAGAUUUGUAUCGUGACGAUGAGCAACGUGAAGGUUUAAGACACGAAAUACGUAAUCUACGCCGAACCAGAGAUCAUUUGUUGGAUCAAAGAUGUUCGCUGGAUCGCAAAUUAAAACGUGACAAAAUGCUGAGCCACAAAGAAGAGCGUAAAUUGCUGGAAUGUGAUGAAGCCAUUGAGGCCAUAGAUGCGGCCAUAGAAUUUAAAAAUGAGUUGAUUUGUGGCCACAAGUCCAUAGACACCAGUGAACGCCUGCAAAGAGAAAAGGGCGAGCAGAUGUUAAUGGCCCGCCUUAAUAAAUUGUCCACUGAGGAAAUGCGCACCUUAUUAUAUAAAUACUUUACCAAAGUUAUCGAUUUGAGAGACUCCUCGCGUAAGCUGGAAAUCCAACUAAUGCAAUUGGAAAGAGAAAAAGAUGCCUGGGAAUGGAAGGAGCGUGUGCUAUCAAACGCUGUGCGCCAGGCCCGUCUAGAGGGCGAACGCAAUGCUGUUUUGCUGCAAAGACAACAUGAAAUGAAAUUAACUUUAAUGCUCAGGCAUUUAGCCGAUGAAACCUCCAAUAGUUCUGCCUCCUUUAGUGAACAAUCCCUCAAUCCAAAUGCUCCCCGUUUCUACAAACCCUCAGCCCAUCAAUUGGCUUUACAGACCACCAAUUCAACUUCAACUUGUUUCACCGACUCUGAAUACGAAUGGGCCACACCCCAUCACAAUGUUCACAGCGGCAAAAUGCUUAAACCCUCCAGCAACAAACUCAACGAUAUGGAAAUGUGCCCCAUAAACGAUCCCUCUUCGUUGACCAAAUACAAACCGUUGGACAAAUUUAAAGACAAAGAACGCGAAACUAAAAAUAAACUUUUUGCUAAAUUUCAAGUUUUGACCCGCUAUGCAGCCAGUCAUCAUAAUCACAAUCAUCAUAAUCAUGCAGACGAUACCUCUGGACCGCCUUCCAGCUCUUCCACCUCAACACAAUUGGCGAGCGGCUUGGCGAUGGCCGGUGGUGGCAGCGGUAAGCGUGGCAAAGACAAAGAUCAAAUGUUGGCGGUUAUACCUCAAGAGAAUCUUAAAAAAUUAUCUACAAACGCGCCAAAUACAAAAGUAACCAGGCAGAAGAAUAAAAUUAUCAUACAGGAUAAUUCAAGGAAAAAUUAAAUGGUGUUCGUUUAUAUUUGUUUGGUAAAUUCCUAUUCC